CCAUGCGCCUGAAAUUGCAUAGCCGCAGAGCAGAGGGGGCUUCGUCUGCUCGUUGCCUCAUCAUCUGUCUGGGAAAAUAAGAAAUACAAUCUAAUGAAAGCAGGUGUCUGUUUUGGUGGGGCGAUUUGCCAUCCGAAACCGAUCGGCUCGGUCUGCGUGAAAUAGGGAAUGAACGACGAGACAGCAUCGGACAGCUGGAAGAGAAACUCCGGGGGUUCCAGUAUUGAGCAAAUGCUGGCUGUGAAUCCCGGAAAGACGCCCAUCAGUCUGCUGCAGGAAUAUGGAACGCGGAUAGGCAAGACCCCAGUGUAUGACCUGCUGAAGGCCGAGGGACAGGCCCACCAGCCCAACUUCACGUUCCGCGUCUCCGUCGGAGAGAUCAGCUGCACCGGCCAGGGGCCCAGCAAGAAGGCAGCCAAGCACAAAGCAGCUGAGGCUGCUCUGAAGAUGCUCAAGGGAGGCUUUGGAGGUCCCGCUGGAGUUGGUGUUGGAGUAGAAGGGUUUAUUGGGGUUGAUGUGUCCACUGAUGGUGACAGCUCUCAGUCAGAGAUGAAGACCUCGAGCACUUCUCAGCAGUCUGAAUGCAACCCUGUAGGGGCUCUGCAGGAAUUGGUGGUGCAGAAAGGAUGGCGUUUACCAGAGUACACGGUCACCCAGGAGUCUGGUCCAGCACAUCGCAAAGAGUUCACCAUGACCUGCAGAGUCGAGAGAUUUGUAGAAAUUGGAAGUGGUACAUCUAAGAAGCUAGCCAAGAGAAAUGCGGCAGCUAAGAUGUUAUCGCGUAUUCACGAUGUUCCUGUAGACCUGAGGACCAGUAAUGAGGCUGACACGGAAGAGGACACAUUUAACAUGCACAUUGGGAGCAGAGCUGAGCCAGGAAAGAGCAAAGGCUUCAGCUGCACAUGGGACUCUCUGCGCAACUCAGCUGGAGAGAAGAUCCUCCAACUCCGUAGCCACCCCCUAGGCAUGCCCUCCGACUCCAACUUCUGCUCUUUGCUGAGCGACCUGUCUGCAGAGCAGCGUUUCGAUGUCAGUUACCUGGAUCUAGAGGACCGCAGCCUCAGUGGCCUGUGUCAGUGUUUAGUGGAGCUGUCCACGCAGCCAAUCACCGUGUGCCACGGCUUUGCUUCAAACACAGAUGCCGCUCGAGCCAACGCGGCCUACAAUGCACUACAGUACCUCAAAAUCAUGGCAGGUGGGAAAUGACGGGCUUCUCGGAUUGUCCUCCUCACAGACUCGACACCACACAGCGCCAUGAAAUCUCCACUCUGGACGACGGAGGCACUUUUGUGAUGAGUUCAAAUAACUCAGAUUACCUCAGAUUUUGAAAUGGAGACUUUUUCUGCCCCCACAUGAACCCCAGGAGUUCUGUUUUUUAAGUCCGAUUGUUGCCAGUGAAGAUGUAGUUGCCCAAAAGCCAGUGAACCUCACUUCUUCAUUAUUGUCUCAAAUAAUUUGAAAAUGCAUUUCAGUAUUUUUUUUGUCUAUUUUUGUCUUCACAUCAUCCUCUUCCCAUGUUUUAAAAAAUAAAAACAUAAGGCAGCUGAGCGUCCCAAAAAACAAGUGAGACAAAAUCUGAUGAAAUGAAAAAGUGCGGGGGAAAUAAAUAUCAAUUUGUGUUUUGUCAAAUGCCCGUUCUCAUGGCUGGAGGUAAAAACAAACAACAACAAAAAAAAAAUCAGCCAUUCGCUUGAGACCUGGAGAGAAGAGACUCUGCAGAAUAUUCAGAGGACAAUUGUUUUAAGGACUGCCCCUUUUACAGAUGAGCUUGCUUGAGUCUUGAAAAAUGUGUGAUUUUCGUGUGUGUUGAUUAGAAACUCCAGAAACUGUUUGUGCCGUUCUCAAUGUUGGUUACCUUUGUGUAAGAUUAUGAAUGGAACUGUAAAUGGAAGUGUAACGUUUAUGGAAACCCUGAUACGAACUGUCCGUGUGAACAUAUAUCAAAGUCUCUAAAUUGUCUCCAUUAACUCUUCUUUUAGAUCACGACCUUUGGGUUGGGAGUUUUGUAAAUCCAUUCUUGUUAGAACAAAGAUACAUUUAUGUUCGUGUAGAAAGUGCAAGGAGACCAGUAAGCCUAAACAUUUGUUCUCGUUGUCAUGUUAUGACCGUUACAUGCGACUCUUUCCAUGUCAAAGAUCAGGCAAAGCUACUGCAUACUUCACAUAUUAUUACCUCAAGAAUGAGUUUGUGUCCAGUAUUUUAUCUGUCAUCUUUUUUUUUUCUUCCAAAAUGACUGUGACUCCAACUGUGACAUUUAAAAACUGACGAUACCUUUCCAGAUCAUGUUCUCUGAGUUAAACUAGCGUAUAAUUUGCACGUCUUUUUCACGCUGCAGGCUGAUCACACUUCUGUCCAUGUGUCAUGGUGCUCGGUGUAACUGAAGGGGCCAGUCUGCGUUGGGUUCUUCGGUUUGCGAUAAGAAGGAAGUCGCUGGUUUUCAAUAAUAACUUUUAGGUGACGACUCUAUCGAUGUUCUUAGCUCAGACUUCCGUGUGGCGGAAGGAGAACACUUUGCCUGGUUGCCAUAUCAGAAAUUUUGAAUAAAACAUUUUUUUGUACAUUU